UGCAAAGCGGUAGUACUCACAGCGAGGUUGGUAAAUAAUCACUAUUUUAUUCUGUUGUCAACACAGCCUUCUGACUAUUCUCUGCAUUGUCGCUUGAAGAUAUCAGCAGGUUUCUCAAGUAGGCCUACGUAGCAAUCAUGGUUUUGGUGUGAGGAAUUGAGUGCCAGGGGAUCGUGUUGAUGAUCUAAAUAGCUAUUACAUUUUAUUUGUAUUAAUAAUUUUAUGGCUUUGAUCGGAUGGUUGCAUGGUCACAAAGUUGCAUCCUGGCUCUCUCUCCAUUCAAUUUUUCAUCCUGUUCCUGACCAAGUCCAAGGGGAGGAACAAGUGACUGUAAGGACUAGUUAGAAAAUGCUACAUCUUCUGCAUCUUCGUCCCUUCCGGAGGCCUCUCUCCUCUGUCCUACGGAGGAGACUAUGUUGUACACCCUACUCCACCCAGCAGCCCCACUCCCUCCAGGGCUCCCUUCCCCCAGAGACCCGCCUGAACCCCCUCAAUAUCCAGAUGCUGUCCCAAAACCUCCAUGAGCAGAUCUUCCGCGGCGCAGAGCAGGAGUACGAGGACGAGAAGGUGGAGCGGAGCAUCAGGCACCUACAGAGGCACCAGCUGUGGGGAAAAGAAGCCUCCCUGCUGCCUGGUGUGGAGCUCCAACUGCCCCACAUGUACGGGGAGGACAUAAACGACCACUUCCGCUUGCUGGCCCAAAAGCAGAGCCUUCCCUACCUGGAGGCUGCCAGUAAGCUCCAGCAGGCCCCGCUGCCCCCCAUGCCCCGGGACUGGGUGUGGGAGGUGGGCUGGAUGCGCUACGGGCCGGGUGGGGAGGCCAGACGGGUUGACUUCCCAGACGAGGCAGGCCUGGUGUUUGACGUGGAGGUGUGCAUGGCGGAGGGACACUGUCCCACGCUGGCUGUGGCUGUAUCCCCUACUGCCUGGUACUCGUGGUGCAGCAAGCGUAUGAUAGAGGAGAGAUACUCCUGGUCCAGCCAGCUGACCCCUGCUGACCUCAUCCCCAUGGAGACCCCGACCAACUCCAGCCGCACUCCGGGGGGCCAGUGGAGGGAGAGACUGAUUGUGGGCCACAACGUCAGCUUUGACCGGUCUUACAUCAAGGAGCAGUACCUGCUGAAGGGUUCCAAGGCUCGUUUCCUGGACACCAUGAGUCUCCAUAUGUCCAUCUCUGGUCUGACUGGGUUCCAGCGCACGCUGUGGAUGGCCAACAAGCACGGCAAGAGGCGUGGCCUCCUGGAGGUCAAAGAGCAUAUGAAGAAAGUGGGCCGACCUGGGCGGAAGGAAGGGCCCAUGAUCGGCUCAUGGGACUGGGUGAAUAUCAGCAGCAUCAACAACCUGGCUGAUGUGCAUGCUCUGUAUGUGGGAGGGGAGCCACUGCAGAAGGAGGCCAGAGAGAUCUUUGUGAAGGGCAGCAUGGCUGACGUCAGGAACAACUUCCAGGAGCUGAUGCAGUACUGCGCUCUGGACGUCCAGGCCACUCACCAGGUGUUCUGUGAGCAGCUGCCCCUCUUCAUGGAGAGGUGCCCUCAUCCAGUAACAUUUGCAGGGAUGCUGGAGAUGGGCGGGUGCUACCUACCUGUCAAUCAGAACUGGGGGAGGUACCUGGAAGACUCUCAAGACACGUUUGAGGAGCUGCAGAGAGAGAUGAAGAAGAGUCUGAUGAGUCUUGCGGAUGACGCUUGUCAACUGCUACAGGACGACAGGUAUAAAGAGGACGCCUGGCUUUGGGAUGUGGAAUGGGACGUCCAGGAGUUCAAGCAGAAGAAGGUGACCGUCAGCAAGAGAAAACGCUCAAAGGCGGAGAAUGAGCCAGCACCCAGCACACCAUUGAGAGACUGGGAUCAGGACCCAGGUCCCCCCACUGAGGAGGAGAUAGCAGGACCAUGCCCAAGUAGGGAGGCUCUGGAGAGGCUGAAGAAGAUGGUCAGCAGGCUGCCCAAGAGGAGACAGCACCUGCCUGGACAUCCUGGGUGGUAUCGUAAGUUGUGUGCGAAGAUGUCGGAGGAGGAGAGCUGGUCGCCGGGGUCCAGCCUGAUCAGUCUGGCUAUGCGGGUGACUCCCAAGCUGAUGGGGCUGACGUGGGACGGCUUCCCCCUGCACUACACGGAGCAGCACGGCUGGGGCUACCUGGUGCCUGGCCGCAGGGACAACCUGAUGGAGCCCCAGGGGGAGGAGGAGGACGCCAUGGGGCCUGUGUGUCCCCACAGGGCCAUAGAAAGUGUGUACAGAGAGUACUGUGAGCAGAAAGGUAAAGAGCAGCCUAGGUGUCUGGACAACGGCCUCUCUGAUGACCUCAUGCUAACCGACAGCACACUCUGGCAGACGGUGGAAGAGUUGGGUCGCUUGGAAAGUGUGUCAGAGGAGGAGAAAGGUGGCAGGGUGACUAGGAAGAGCAAUAAGGAAAUGCAGGAUAUUAAUUCUCUACCAGGUGAGAGUCACUGUCCCUAUCACCAUGGAAACGGACCUUACAACGAUGUCAACUUUCCGGGAUGCUGGUUUUUCAAACUCCCACACAAGGAUGGAAAUGACAACAACGUGGGCAGCCCCUUCUCCAAGGACUUCCUGUCCAAGAUGGAAGACGGCACCCUGAGGGCGGGGCGGGGGGCCACCAACGCCACCCGGGCUCUGGAGAUAAACAAGAUGAUCUCUUUCUGGAGGAAUGCCCAGAAACGCAUCAGCUCUCAGAAGGUGGUGUGGCUGAGGAAAGGGGAGCUCCCUCGCAGUGUCAGCAGGCAUGAAGAGUAUGAUGAGGGGGGGCAGUACGGUGCCAUCUUGCCACAGGUCAUCACCGCGGGAACCGUCACCCGCAGGGCUGUGGAGCCAACGUGGCUGACUGCCAGCAACGCUCGGCGGGAUCGAGUGGGCAGUGAGCUGAAGGCCAUGGUACAGGUGCCCCCUGGGUACCACCUGGUGGGGGCGGACGUGGACUCCCAGGAGCUCUGGAUCGCUGCCGUUCUGGGAGAGGCCCACUUCGGUGGCAUGCAUGGCUGCACAGCGUUCGGCUGGAUGACCCUGCAGGGCAAGAAGAGCCAGGGCACUGACUUGCACAGCCGCACGGCUGACACGGUGGGCAUCAGCCGCGAACAUGCCAAGGUCUUCAACUACGGACGCAUCUACGGCGCUGGGCAGCCUUUCGCCGAGCGCCUGCUCAUGCAGUUCAACCACCGCCUCAGCCAGCCAGAGGCCGCCAGCAAGGCCCGGCAGAUGUAUGCCCUCACCAAGGGCCUACGCAGGUACCGUCUGUCUGAGGAGGGUGAGUGGCUGCUGAAGGAGCUGGAUAUGGAGGUGGAGAGGGACGAAGACGGGAGCGUCUCCCCGCAGGAUCUCCGCCGUAUCACAAGACUGGCCUCCCAGAGUUCUCGGAGGAGGAAGUGGGAGGUGGCGGGCCAGCGUCUGUGGGCUGGUGGUACGGAGUCAGAGAUGUUCAACAAGCUGGAGAGCAUCGCCCUCUCAGCCCAGCCAGCCACCCCCGUCCUGGGCUGCAGGAUUAGCAGAGCCCUGGAGCCUCAGGCCGUCAAGGACGAGUUCAUCACCAGCAGGGUGAACUGGGUGGUGCAGAGCUCGGCGGUGGACUACCUCCACCUGAUGCUGGUGGCCAUGCGCUGGCUGAUGGAGGAGCACGACAUCGACGGACGUUUCUGCGUCAGCAUCCACGACGAGGUACGCUACCUGGUCCGCAGCGAAGACCGCUACCGGGCAGCACUGGCCCUGCAGAUCACCAACCUGCUCACAAGGUGUAUGUUUACCCAUGCACUGGGCAUGCAAGACCUGCCCCAGUCAGUGGCCUUCUUCAGUGCCGUGGACAUUGACCGCUGUCUGAGGAAGGAGGUGACCAUGGACUGUGUGACUCCCUCCAACCCCACAGGGCUGGAGCGCAAAUAUGGCCUCCCACAGGGUGAGGCUCUGGACAUAUACCAAAUCAUAGACAUCACCAAAGGCUCUCUGGGGAAAGGGAGAUAACAGGGUGAACAGACCAGUCCUCUAUUGUGUAGCUCGUGCAGACAGAGACAUCAUGGGAUAAAGGUCCUCCAGGGCUGCCCCAACCCAGGCACUGAGUCAAACCAAUGACGUCAAUGGGAACUGCAGGGUCAUGUUCAUAAGGCACCAAACAGAAGAAAACAGUCAGCAGCGGAGUUGUACUAUCUAGAGUUGUCCAACAUUUUUUUUUAAAGGGCUAAUUUUUUUUGGGCUGCAAUUAUUUUGCUACAGUUAGCCCAAAUGAACACAACCCAUCUCAGUGGAUCAUCCGAAUGAAUGGGGGCAGCUCCAGACUGGUUGAGAGAGGAGUCUAUUGAGCAGUUUAGAGGGGGAAAAAUAUAUUGUUUUCCAUCACUGCUUCCUCUUGGGCUCCUGGCUCUGCUCUGGCUCCUGAGAGGCUGUGGUCUAAAGAAGGAAAAGAUCCAAAGCAGCACUUAUCCUCCUCAACACACAAUUGGAUAUGUGGUGUCAGACACUGAUACUUUAGCUGAGACCAUUGGGUCUGGGAAAAAUAGGAGAACCAAAAGAAAAAUGUAUCCAUGGUGUUAUAACUUAUAAAUGUGAUGUGUGCUACUGAACAGGACGAUGUGAGGAAUGCGGGAGUAUGGGCAGGACUAAUAAAGCAUAAGUAAAUUUGGUGUGACAGGUCAUGAUGGAGCUGAGUGAAUAGGAGACUAAACCAAUGUUUUGGAUAACUGUCAUGUGUGUGUCAGUGUUAUGGUUGAUGCUCACCUGCUGACUUGUCCUGCUCCUGCAGCGCUGCCUCUAGUGGCUGUGUUGAUGCGGAAAUCUCUCAGCUUCAUGUACAGAAUAAGAUUCACCUACGCAACACACAGACACCCGUUUUAUCUUGUAGUUACAAUAAUGCAGUGCAUGUUUAGUUUGGGAGAUGUUCUGUUACUGAAAUGUCCCACAAGGCUCUAUCUUCUAUUGUGUGUCCUCAUUUUCAGAUCCUGCUUUAUGUUUGGUUACAAGUAGACACUUCCAUUCAAUUUGAGACAAUCUCCCAUCCUAAAGCACCCCCAUACAUAACUUUGAUUUCUUGGAGAGGGUGAUUAGGUAUUUCUCAUACUGCUCUAUACUGUAGAUCAGGUUGGGAAUGGCCUUGGUCUCGCACAGGAGUUUUGCCUUGAGAAUGGGAGAACAGUACACAUGGUUUUAGUUAGACCAAGGCUCAAAAUAUCAGUUGAAGUGGGUGGGCAUUUCUUUGUAACUGUAAAUAAAAUGUGUGUAACAGAAACUCUGUACAGAC